UGUCAGUUUCAGAGUGUAACUCCUUCCCUCUGGGGAACUCUGCAUCCAGGGAGGGGGAAUCUGUUCACUUGUAGCAACUGGAGUGAAUCCAGGGAGGGAGCAGACUCUGCAAACUAAAGAGUAUAUGAAGAUCUGAAGACAGAAGUUUCAAAAUCAACAGGUGAAGGCCUUAUGCCCAAAACGUUGACUCUCUGGCUCCUCGGAUGCUGCCUGACCUGCUGCGCUUUUCCAGCACUGCACUUUUCAACACUGACUCUCCAGUGACUGCAGUCCUCACUUUGAUGUCAAUGUCUGACAGUCACUCAGUCCAUUGGGAAAGCAACGGUUUUCAAUUCUAAUUCUGUAAGAAGGAGCAAAACAUUUUGGUUCCUGUUUGAGUAGGUUUUUAGCAUCAGUGGGACUGGAUGAGAGACCCUACCGUUGCAGUGCACUCAGUGAGGAUCGUAUAAUAGCUGUACGGCCUGGGAAGAAGAAUUCAUGUUGGGGAGGGUCUCCACACGUUUGUGUGCACCUAACGCUUCGGCCGUGGAAAAACCCGAGAAAUCCCACCCUGUGGAGAAACGAUGGAAGUGUGGCGACUGUGGGAAAGGCUUCCGUGCUCUGUCUGCCCUGGAGGUUCAUCGGCACAUCCACACGGGGGAGAAGCCGUUCUCCUGCCCCGAAUGCGGUAAGGGCUUUACCCAGGACUCUACCAUGCUGACCCACUGGCGUAUCCACACAGGGGAGCGGCCCUUCAAUUGCCCCGAGUGUGGGAAAGCCUUCAGCAAUUCUUCGAACCUGCUCAGGCACCAGCGGCUCCACACUGGGGAAAGGCCCUUCAGCUGCCCCGAGUGCGGGAAAGCCUUUGUCCGGGCCUCCCACCGCCUGACCCACCAGCGGGUCCACACGGGGCAGAGGCCCUUCAGCUGUCCUGAGUGUGGGAAGAGAUUUACCCAGGCCUCCAACUUGCUGACCCACCAGCGGGUCCACACGGGACAGAGGCCCUUCAGCUGUCCUGAGUGUGGGAAGAGAUUUACCCAGGCCUCCCACUUGCUGACCCACCAGCGGGUCCACACAGAGGAAAGGCCCUUCAGCUGCCCCGAGUGCUGGAAAGGCUUCACCUGCUCCUCCCAUCUGCGGAGGCACUAGCGAGUUCACGUGCCAUCACAGGGGGAUUGAAGGAGCGACGGCCAAGUGCCGUUAUCGACUGGACUGUCAGCCCGGUUCCAGGGACUCCCGGGUUUGAAUCCUGCCCUGACAGAUGGCAGAAUUGGUAUUCGGUCAGAAAUCUGGAGUGCAGAAUCUAACAGUGAAACCAUUUUCGGGGGUUGGGGGUGGAGUAACCCCCAUCUGAUUCACUCGCGUCCUUUUUAGGGAAGGAAACUGUCGUUGUGGGAUAGGAUCACUCGGUCGUCCCAGCUGCAUCCUUUACCCGGUCUGGCCUACACGUGACUCCAAACCCACAACAGUGUGGUUGACUCUACACUGCCCCCCCCCCCCCCCACUGGCAAAUGCGUGGAGAGAAACUUACUUGGAGACAAGGUAUGGGUUGAAAUUGGUGAGUAAGGCAGUAUUUCCUAUGGGUUACGGCUGUAGCAAGGACCCAAUUACAAAGGGACAAUUCGGUGCUGACCAAUAGUAAAGGAAGAAAGGGGGGUGGCAAUGUGUGCGCUUUGACCUUGA